AUGUCCCCCUCACCAUCCUGGCCCUACCACCUCGUCGACCUCACCGGACACGAAAAACACCUCCGUCGCAAAACUUUGGAUCGUUAUGGCAUCUACGCACAGCUCUCCAUCCUCAUCCCCGUCCUCCCGUUUCUGCUCUACCGUCUCGGUUCCUAUCUCCUCAGCAAACUCGGCAAGGGGAGGGAACGGGAGUAUGAUGUCCUUCCGAGUAGUCCGCAGAGGAAGGCGGGACGGGGGAGGAACCAGGGACGAGUUGGGACUUUUGUGAGGAGGGUGGAAUGGUGGUUAGAUGGGGAGGUUGGGGGGUGGGGGAAGAGGAGGUUUUGGGUUGUGNUUCCGAGUAGUCCGCAGAGGAAGGCGGGACGGGGGAGGAACCAGGGACGAGUUGGGACUUUUGUGAGGAGGGUGGAAUGGUGGUUAGAUGGGGAGGUUGGGGGGUGGGGGAAGAGGAGGUUUUGGGUUGUGGGGGGCCUUUGGGGGGUUUGGAUGGGGGGGCUUUGUGUGUGGGAGACGGGAGAUGGUGAGUGUUUAUUUCUUUCUGUUGGUGUUUGUUGAGGAGUUAUUUUGGGUUCUUGCGUCUUUUUGGGAUGUGGAGGUUCCUCUAUCUUGAAGGGGAGAGCUGAGAUGAGUUUUGAUUUUGAGCUGAGGAUUCGUGUUGGCGAGACAAGGUCUUUUUAACACGAUUUCUCACUCUCCCAUCUCAUUUUAUAUCCUUUUGCGGUUUUCUCUGGGAACUUGACGCUUAUAUUUCUUAUUCAUUUAUACUUUUGAAGGAGGAAUGAACCUUGGAAGCGGUGGGUUUUAUUCUAAUCUACUGUCACGUGAUUAGGCACCCCUCUGCAGUCGGGUUCACUUCUCAGAUAUUCUCUUACAGUUAGGGAUUUACGAUAAGUGCUUGCCGAAUGGUUCUUUCCGUCUCCACCCUGUUGUGCUUGGCCGUUGUUGUCAUGUUGAGAUGUAAGAAUGGAGUGAGACGUACUCAUAAGAAGUUUGAGUUUAUGAGAUUCUCAAAACUCAUCAUGAAUUAUGAGAUUGCGACAUGCAACAAAAUUUGAAGAAGCGAACAUAUUUUAUUUUGAAAUGUUCAUUAUGAUGGACAUCACUUUCUACGAUUCCUUCUCGCGCUGUUCAAAGAUAACGUGGGGAAAAUAUGAAAGCUAACAUAAUAACUCAGAUUACCUCCAUAUCACCAAACGCUUUGGUGUAAUCGCCGCCUCGCAAUUCCCCCUCCACUACAUGCUCUCCAUGAAAUCAACCUACUCCCCGCUAGCCCUGAUCUUCCGCGUCUCCCACGAGGAACUAAACCCCUACCACCGUCUCUCCGGGCGAAUGAUCUACCUCCUCCUCUGUCUCCACGCAACCUGGUACAUGAACUUCUUCAUCCAAGCGGGACUGCUCAAGAAACGGCUCGUUGCCCCAGUUGUAAUAAUAGGGAUCUUAGUAUUCCUCGCCCUUACUACCAUCGUGACAACAGCACUGGCACCUGUAAGACGAUGGUCUUACCGUGUGUUUUUCAUUAUCCAUCUCAUGCUGGGAAUUACGAUUUUACCCAUGCUUUUCUUCCACGCCGCGCCGUUGAGGAUAUACAUGAUUGAGUCCCUCCUACUAUUCGUUUUCGAUAUUGUUUGUCGGAAAUUGGAUACAGUGACGGGUUACGUGACUAUCACACCAGUGCCGAAUACAGAUCUCCUCCAAGUCCGCAUCCCCAUCCCAGAAUCGAAGUUAAAACGUUUCCACGCUGCCCCGGGUCAGCAUGUAUACCUCUCCAUCCCGCCCUCAUCAACACCAACUACGACAAGCACACCCUCAAUCCACGGAGUUCUCUUCAACCCCUUCACCAUCUCCUCCGUCUCCUCAAACGACAUAACACUCGUCCUCCGCUCUCUAAACGGUCCCACAACAAACGCACUAAAUACUCUAGCCAACAUGCCAAAAGCCAAACCACCACUCAAUAUUGAAGGCCCACUCGGAAGUUCAAAAUUCUUCCCGGAUGAUCUGGCAAAGAACUGUGAUCGCAUCCUCCUCAUCGCCGGUGGCGUGGGCGCAACAUUCAUCUUACCACUCUACACCCACUUCCAAGAAGCCAUGGAAAGCGUCGCCAAAUCCCCCGAUCGCGUCUCCCUCGUCUGGUCCAUCAAGAACCCCUCCGAAGCAGCAUGGGCCCGUGACGUCCUCCACGACGACGACGAGUCGGCGCAGGUGUAUGUCACUGGCUCCUCUUCAUCGUCAUCUGAACAGACGGCCGUUCCUUCGUCGUCGAGACAGGAUAUUGAGUUGACGGAUUUGAAUCGCGAUAAGGAGUCUGCGGAAUUAAAGGUUCGAGGCGGCUAUGCACGACCGGAUUUCGAGAAGAUUGUUAAUGCGGUCUUUCGCUUGGGGGGUGAGGAGAGGGUUGCGGUGUUGGUUUGUGGACCGGAGGAGAUGGCGAGGGAUGUUAGGAGGGUUGUGGGCAGGUGGGUGGAGAGGGGGAGGGAUGUUUGGUGGCAUGAUGAGGGGUUUGGGUGGUGA